GCUUCGCCACUUCUCAUCACCACACACACACAGCGCGUCAAGCAUUCCAUAUCCACCAUGGGCAAGCUCUCGCUCUCUGUUCUAAGCUUUCUUCUGCUGCUAGGAUUGGGCUACGCCUUUAGAGAGCAGCAGGGAGAAUGCCAGCUCAGCAACAUCGACGCCCGGGAGCCGUCCUACCGCGUCCAAUCGGAGGGCGGACAGACCGAGUUCUGGGAUAACCACAACAACGAGUUCCGAUGCGCCGGCGUCUCCAUCCGCCGCCACAUCAUUCAGCAGAGAGGCCUCCUUCUCCCUGUCUACCACAACGCCCCCGUCCUCGUCUACGUCGUCCAAGGCAAGGGAACUUACGGAGUUCUGAGAUCUGGCUGCGCCGAAACAUUCGAAGCAGGCCAACAACAACAAUUUUCUCGGGAGGAGAGAAGCCAGAGAUUCAGAGACGACAGACAUCAGAAGGUUGAGGAAUUCCAGAAGGGAGACGUCAUCGCCAUCAGGGCCGGUGAUGCUCACUGGGUUUACAACGACGGCGAUCAAGAGCUUGUUGUCGUUGUUUUCCACCACAACUCUAACAAUGCCAACCAACUCGACCAAAACCCAAGGUCCUUCUUCCUGGCCGGAAACCCGGGCAACCAGCAAGAGGAGGAGCAAUACAGGAGCCUGCGCGGAAGCAAGCGCGGCCAAGAAGCCCAAUCCGAAUUGGGCAACGUCUUCAGCGGGUUGGACGACGAGUUGUUGGCAGAGGCAUUCAAUGUUGAUGUAGAGACCGCAAGGAAGCUGAGGGGCCAAAACGACGAAAGAGGCCACAUUAUAAGGGCAGAGAAGAGCAUCCAGCUGAUCCAGCCCCAGCGCAGCCGCCAGGAACGCGAACAAGAGCGCCACAACGGCCUCGAGGAGACCUUCUGCAGCGCCAGAGUCAAGGAGAAUCUCGACAGAGCCUCACGCGCCGACUUCUACAACCCACGCGCCGGGAGAUUCUCCACCCUCAACAGCUUCAACCUCCCCAUCCUCAGCUUCCUCCAACUCAGCGCCGCCAAAGGAGUCCUCCACAGGAACGCUAUAUUCGCACCACACUGGUACACCAACGCCCACAGCCUCAUCUAUGCCACCCGAGGCGCCUCACGGGUGCAGAUAGUGAACCACCGCGGCCAAGCUGUGUUCGACGGGCAGGUGAGAGAGGGGCAGGUGCUCGUGGUGCCCCAAAACUUCGCGGUGGUGAAGCAGGCCGAAGAGCAGGGCUUCGAGUGGGUUGCAUUCAACACCAACGAAAAUGCGGCCAUCAACACCUUGAGCGGCCGCACCUCGGCCAUCAGGGGGCUGCCCGUGGAUGUCGUUGCUAACGCGUACCAAGUAUCGAGGGAGGAGGCACAGAGGAUCAAGUUUUCGCGCCAGGAGACUCUUAUUUUCAACGCUAAUGACGCACGUCGCUCUGCUUGAUCAAAUCAAAUGUGACUCAACAUAAAUAAAUGUAAAUUAAGUGUGAGGAAUAAUGUAUAUCGGCUUGUGCCUAUAUGGCCAAUGUUUGAUACUAAUAAAGAGAUUACGUUUUUUCAAAUUA